CUUUGAUGAGGUCAUUUUCUUGCGACUAUUGCUGACAGCGCCAUGUGAAUGUCGCCUUCGUCCACUUGCUAUCUAGCUUAUUUAUCAAGGUGUUAGCAUGGUGACUCUGGCUGCUGUGUUGUGAAUAGGAUUCUCGCUGCUCUCUCUGGCCUCGCGCUGCUCUCUAUUCCUCCAUGACCAGCCGUCUGUUGGGCCGAUGUGCCCGUCUCCUCCCCAGGGCCACCCCCCAGGCCUUAGCCACCGCUGCCCGCCUGCCUACGCCUGCAGCUGGGCCAGCAAAGCCGCUGUGGGCCCAGGCCUGGCGGCAGCCUGUGGUAAGGGGACUAUGUGAGGGCAGGAGUUUGGUCAAAGAAGAGUAUCCCAUCGAGCCCAAACGCACCCAGCUGGAUGAGCUCUUAGAGAGGGCCCAAUCUCCACAGGAUGUCCUGCAGGCGUGGGCGGCACAAGGAGGAAAGGCCAAUCAGGCGGCUAAGACUCUGGUUCAGCUUGUCAGAUUGGCUGGGAGAGAGAAAGGUGGGGCUAAAAUGGACCAAUUUGAGCUGCUGAAUGAUCCCAGACUGCUGGACAUAAUGGACACAGUUAUUGCACAGGUAGCGUCAGUGUGGAAUGGUACGCUGGUCUCUCUGCUGCGCUCCCUCUCUAUUCUGGGUAUUCCUCCUACAGCUGCAGUACAACGCUCCAUCCAGACAGAGGUGCUGUGGCGUGUACGCAGACUCUCCUACAAACAGCUGUCUUUCCUGGCAGACUGGGGAGCAGGGCGGAAUGGUCAGAUGGAGGUGUUGCUGGUGAGCGCAGCGCUGAAACAGCUGGAGCUCCGCUGGACUGAGAUCGCUGACGCCAGAACAGUCAGUACCCUGAUGGCUAGGGCUGGACAUCUCAGUCCUGCACUGAUGGACAGACUGGAGGAUAAGGCGUUAGAGCUAGCUGAAGGGUUUGGGGCGGAGGAUAUCCGCAGGGUGUGUGUGUCUCUGGCAUCUCAGGGACGCCGGUCAGUGCCUCUGCUCAGAGCUCUGUCCUACCACUUCCUACAGAAACCCUCAACAGACCUUACCACACCGCUACUGUUGGACCUCGCCUACGCAUAUGGGAAGUUGAAUUUCCACCACUCCCAGGUCUUCCAGCGAUUGGCAGCCGAGUUGUUACCCAGAAUGCCAGAGAUGAGUUCUGCCGAUGUCACUCGCUGCGCCAAAUCACUAGCCUUCCUCAAGUGGCUCCAUCUCCCAUUGUUUGAGGCAUUCACUGAGCACUACAGCGUGAACAGUCAGAAGUACAGCACACUGCAGCUUUGUAACCUGCUCAUGUCAUUGGCCAGGCUCAACUUCCAGCCCAGCAAAGGGGAGGAGUUCUACAAGAAGGUCCACUCUGCCCUGGAGGGUGUUCUCCCCAGCCUGGAGGCGUUCCUGCAGACAGACGUGGUGUGGUCUCUGUGUGUGUUACAGCAGGCCAAGCCCCAGCACAUCACGGCCCUCACUCAACACACACAUGUUGCCAAACUCUCAGAAGGCAGUCUGUCUCGAGUGGAGAACUAUCGCCUGAAACUCCUCCACAUCAUUGCUACCCUCCAGUUAGAACACCCAGAGUCUCUGUCCUCCACCCUGCCUACAGAGGCCAUGUUGCUUCCCUCCACCCUCGGCCGGGACUCCCCCCUCUCCCCUCUACAGACUGGGCUGAAGGGGGCCCUGGGUAAUCUGGUGGGGGGGAAAGCAGAGGCCCUACGUACCGGGGUCAACACUAUAUAUGGCUGGACCAUAGAUGGAGAGCUGGUGGUGGACAGUGAAAUGAAGCCAAUGGACCUGGUGACCCUGACGGCCCCUCACCUGCCUGGAGGAGGCGGAGCCAAGUCCUUACCUGAGGGGGCAUGCAGGUUAGCAUUCCUGACCUGGGAGUUUCCUAACUAUGGCUCCAGGAGUAAAGAUCUGCUGGGAAGAUUCACCAUGAUGAGACGGCACCUCAAACUGGCUGGCUUUAUCCUUGUAGAGGUGCCAUACUAUGAGUGGCUGGAGCUGAAGUCUGAUUGGCAGAAAGGGGCGUAUGUGAAGGAUAAGAUGGGGAAGGCCAUUGCUGAGGAAAUGGCGAAGUGAACUAGGCCAAACAGCAGAAGUCUGGUUCAGUUCUAGACUCAAUUGGACUGGAAAGAGGAGAGCCAGGAUGCCAAGGACGGCUCACCAGAACCAAUCUGGUCACAAACAACUCUGAACAGCAACCACACACACACACACACACACACACACACACACACUAAUCAACCCACUCUAAAACAAGCCGCUCGGUGGAAAAUCUCUUUUCUUGUUUUAUCUUUGGUUGCCUUGCCGAUGCGUGGGGCUUUCCUUGUUACCAUGGAGAUGGCCCCUGAGUUCUGUAUGCUGAAGAGAGCAAACAGAGGGAGAAAGAGAGAGUGGGCCCUACAGCAGAAAGCAAGGGAAGAAAGACCUCUGUUGCUAAGGAUAUGUGUCCCUAAGUGACACUCAACGAGAAUAGAGAGCAGCAUCAUAGAAUCCAUGCCCCAAUGAAUGUUAAAAGCUGUGUAUCACCUGUGAAUAGAGUGGUCUAAUUAAAUUAUCAAUAUGAGCUUUGAGUGAUAUGAUUUAAUAAAUUAUUUUACGCUUUAAUUUUGA